GCCUUCCACUGCGCUCUGAUACGCCGCCUUAAUUUUUUUUUCUUGGAUUUUUUUGGAUUUUGGUAAUUCAAACUCUAAUUCUUCUUCUCUGUAGCUUAAUUUCCCGGCGGAAAUGGCAGGAUCCGGAGUUGUAGCCGUCUACGGGAACGGAGCUCUUGCCGAGACGAAGCAAUCCCCCUUCUCUGUGAAAGUAGGUUUGGCGCAAAUGCUCCGCGGCGGCGUAAUCAUGGACGUCGUCAACGCCGAGCAGGCACGCGUCGCCGAGGAGGCCGGAGCCUGCGCCGUUAUGGCUCUUGAACGCGUCCCCGCCGACAUCCGAGCUCAAGGCGGCGUCGCCAGAAUGAGCGACCCUCAACUUAUCAAGGAAAUCAAACAAGCCGUCACGAUUCCGGUCAUGGCGAAGGCUCGAAUUGGCCACUUCGUCGAAGCGCAGAUUCUCGAGGCCAUUGGUAUCGAUUACGUCGACGAGAGCGAAGUGCUUACUCUGGCCGACGACGAGAACCACAUCAACAAGCACAAUUUCCGCAUUCCUUUCGUUUGCGGCUGUCGCAACCUCGGCGAGGCGCUGCGGCGCAUUCGCGAAGGGGCGGCCAUGAUCAGAACCAAGGGCGAGGCUGGAACCGGCAAUAUCAUCGAGGCGGUGCGGCACGUGAGGUCUGUGAUGGGGGACAUCAGGUUGUUGAGGAACAUGGACGACGAUGAGGUGUUCUCGUUCGCGAAGAAGAUCGCUGCGCCGUACGAUUUGGUGCUGCAGACGAAGCAGCUCGGGAGGCUCCCGGUGGUUCACUUCGCGGCCGGUGGAGUGGCUACGCCGGCCGAUGCGGCGCUGAUGAUGCAGCUUGGUUGCGACGGAGUAUUCGUCGGUUCCGGCGUGUUCAAGAGCGGCGACCCGGCGAGGCGAGCCAGAGCGAUUGUGCAGGCCGUUACUCAUUACAAUGAUCCGGAGGUGCUGGCGGACGUGAGCUGUGGGCUUGGCGAGGCAAUGGUCGGACUGAACUUGAACGAUAAGGUCGAAAGGUUCGCCAAUCGAUCGGAGUAGUUCGUCUUCUCCGGCGAUUAUGCACGCCUUGGUAUGACAAUUUCGAAUCCUUUUCUCUGGAUCUGGGAACUUGUAGUUUCUCAAAAUUUACGUCUAAACAUAUAGCUAGCUAUAAGAAAUUUGAUUUCCUGUUUGGAUUGAAUUUCUUUCGCAUCCUCUCUUUAAUCCUUCUUGAACAUCUUGAAUUGUAAUGUUACUUUUAAUCCUCUGUGUUUCAUUUCUGGUGGUUUCUGCACCUUCGAAUU